GGAUGGCCUCCACGUCGAUCUCCUCGGCUUAUAACCGCGCCAUAGCGAACCCUAGCCCGCUCUCCUUCGUUCCCCUCUCAUUCACCACCGAGCCGCCCCCUCCUCUGCUCGAGCAUGAGCUCGAAAGAUCACGCGGUGACCGCGCCAGUAUGCCACUGCCUCGCGCCGUUGCCGCGGCCGCUGACCUCCCCAAGCACUACGAAGAUGCCCAUGAGCCUCCCCGCCGUCAUCUCCUUCGACUACGCUACCAGAUCGAGCGGCGCAACUCCCGUGCGCUUGCCAUCGCCGUCGUCUUCAUCGGGUACAUCGUCGGCGUCCGUCGUCGUUUCCAACUGCUCCGGUCCGUCCCCGGCUACCCCAACCACGUCCCCGAGUUUGCUGUUAUUGCAAACAUAUGAUGGAGUCCAGGAGCCAGAGGAUCCCAAGGGUGAUUCUACAUGGAGUUUUGAUUCGAGGAGUAGUUAGGAGGUCCCAGGCAGGAGGCCUCACCUUUUCAAUCGUUGCUAAUUUUGUGCUAACCUUCUUAAGGCAAACUUGUUUAACUUAUGUCUGUACUCAAAUAUUAUUGCUUCCACUAACUCUUGUGUAUUCGAGCUUAUGUAUUCGAGCCCUCGAGGC